UGGUCAUUGAUGGAACUAAUCUGGUUUCCUUGAGUAGCUUUAGCAACUUGGAUCUGACGAUUGAGGGUGCAGUCGUAGUUAGUUGCUUAGGCCGUACGCAAUAUGGUCAACCAUUGGGCGGGACCUAUGUUGCUUGUGACAAUCCUGGCUAGUAUCGCACCCCGGGAGCUGCUGGCGAGGAAUCUGACAUGCACGGAACAUCCGGAGGCAUUUUGGCAGGAGGACGGAGCUGAAUCGUGGUGCCUGAUCGAGGACGUGGAUUUGGAGGAAUCGUCGGAGGAUAUUAAUUUUCCCGAUCAUCCAAAGAUAUUUUUAAGAAAUUUUCAUGUUUCGUAUCUGUCGCCAACGUUACUGUUCAAAAUGAAAGGUGCCAAGCACCUGACGGUGGAGUCUUGCAAGAUGACCAAGUUGUUCAUGAGUCCUAAGUUAACGAGUAUGGAGAUUAAGAACAGUGAUAUUGCAGAAGUGAUCAUAGAUAAGGAUAGCAACUACGAGUUGCUGAAUUUCAGCUUAGAAGGGGUCUACAGGAAGACUUUUCCGAAUAAUUUGAUUCGGCUGAGUCACAUGGAAGAAUUGACGAUCAGGCACAACGAUUUGAACACUUUGAUUCUGAGACAGUUGAAUGGCUUGGUUAAGCUGAAAAUUUUGGAUCUCAGCUACGAUCGAAUUGAGCAACUGGUCAUACCGGAAGUUUUACAUCUACCGAAUCUAAAGGAACUUAUUUUGGUAGAAAAUAAGUUGCAGAAGCUACCGUUGCAUUUGCAUCGAUUGAAGACCCUAGAGCAUCUGAAUUUACACUCUAAUGAAAUCGCUUUCCUGGAGAUGAGCAAGUUUAAUGGACUCACGAAUCUAAAAAAGUUGGUUCUAAGUGGCAAUAAACUACAAAUAAGCACCAUGGAAUCGGUGAUUCUUCCGAGUUUGGAAAAGUUGGAGCUUAUGAGUUGCGGCCUGCGGGAAUUGGACAUGCUCUACUGGAGACUGCCAGCCUUGAAGUAUUUCAACGUGUUCGAUAACAGUCUGGUGUCGAUCACCAACUUUCCGGAAAGUUUCACCAAAGAGCUGGUAUUUGUUCCGGUGGGAAAUCGCUGGAGCUGCUCGAAGCUGGAAGCCAUUAGCAACCGGGUGACGAUCAAAGUAAAAGAACGCGAUCACUAUUGCGAGCACAAGGUCGCCGACAUCUGCUGUAAUGGCGGAAAUGUCGACUUCAAUCUGGUGGACACGCUGGAUCAAAAGGUGCAACUCCUAAAAUUUCAAAACUCCAUUCUCUACGAAAAACUUGCGGCCACCAACGAAAAGUUGGAGAAGGUGAUCGGAGUCGUGGAUCUGCGGGCGGUGAGAAAGUGAUCAAACUCUUACUUCACCGUGCGCCGCAGCAGUAGAGAUAAAGUUAGAUAAGAAAGCGAAGAAGAUCCAAUUUGUAAUCGACAUUAGGUGAGGAACGAAGAGAAAAAAAAAACGAAAAUAUAAUUUAAUACGUGUACAAUUUGUUCACAAUUGAUUAGCGCUCCCGGUGUUAACUUUCGUUUAGUCAAUCAAAGCUUCUCAUUCAAAAGCACCACCACGGCGAAAAACUGUGGCCGACUGAAAUGUGAACAAUUCCGCCUUUCCGCUGCAAAUGAACGACCAUUUGAAGCCACUCGACUCGAAUGAAUCUGGUUUCACCGAAAUUAACAGCUCCUCUAUUUUGGACUGCCCGGUAGCAUGCAGCGUGCUGCUGCCGGUCGCAGCAAAUCGGUUCAUUACCUCUUUCAUUGAUUCUUACGUACGAACUGGUAGCUGGUAGUUCUUUGACGGGGCGUGAGCAAAUUAUUGGGGAAGUAACGACGAUGAAUGAAUUAAUCUGCGAACGCGAUGGGAGCUUAUUAC